AUGUCGCUCAAGGCUGAACGCAAGGCAGCCCGGAUGGAGCGCCGCAGGCAACGGCGGAUCGCUCGCAACGAAAACCUUGUUGCCGCGGUCCGGCGCGGCAAGCAUGUCGCGUGUCCGGGGUGCGACGAGGUCAAGUCGUUCCGCGACUACGUCUUUACUCUCGGCGACAAGUCCGGCCGGUUCCGCUGCGAUGCUUGCAUUGCUGCCGGCAUCAAGGCGUAUGAUCCGAGUGACGCGCUCGGCUCGUCGGAGUCGUCGGGCCUCCAAGUCAACGAGGUUGAGCUCGCAGUUUCGUCCCCUCCGGCCCCGGCCUCAGCGCAGCAGCAAGAGCUCCUGCGCCACACGCCAGACAGCUCCGACUACGACUCGUCAGAGGAAGAUGUGUUCACGUCGAGUACAUCGUCGCUUGACGGCGUAUCGGCGGUGGCGGCGCUGAAGGACGAUGACGCCGUCUUUGCCGGUCCAAGCGAGGAGGCCGUCCGUGGCAACCACGGUGUGCGGUUUGUGGCCCACCGCGGAAAAGUCCAAGAGCUGCUGUUUGGCAUCAAGCCGACAACGAGCGGGAUGAAGCGGCUCCGCGGCAGGCGCCGGGUGCCGCGGCGGCCGCCGUCGUCGACUGCUGGCGCGACUAGAGCGCGGGACAUUGUCCGGCAGCAGGCCCGGUUGCUGCGUCAGAUCGAGCGGCAACAUGCCGGCAUCAGCACUGACAGCGAGUCUUCCGCCAAGUCUAUCUCGGUGUACAGCACGUCGUCGAUGGUGACGCCGCACGGCGACGCUGCGCUCGAGUUUGCGCUCCUCGACGACCAGGACGCGUGGACGUACGAGACCUACUCGCUGCCGGAGGAAGAAAAAGGCGAGUUGGGAAGCCUGAGUCUGCAGGACCAGCGCGAGGAGGAGUACUUUGCACGCAGACUGUUCUUUGCAAAGGUUGCGGCGUCGACGCUGACUCACUUUGACGGCGGCUGGCUCGGCCCGGGCGUGUCGAUGAGUAGCGUCACCGCCCGCCCGCCGCUUACGCCGCGCGGAUACUGGUACGGGGCCAAGACGGGUGGGCGGAAGAAGCGGCGGACAGAGCGCGACACUGGCGCGGCGGCGACGGGCAAGGGCAAAGAAGAGGCUGAUGAGCCUACCUCAGACGAGUAUGACGAGGUUGCGGAUUUGAGAGUGCCGUCGUGGGCAGCAAGCGGAGAGGCGACGGUGGUCGACUUGCCGGUUGAGCUCCUGCUGGAGAUCUUCAAGUGGCUCCGGCCGGAAGACCUCGGCCGGGCGGUCUUUGUCUGCCACACCUGGCGGAUUGUGGCCAUGGAUGAGGUAUUGUGGCGGCGGUACGCGGCAAGUGCUGAGUUUGAGGCCACAUCGAGCGCGCUCCUGGCCCGAAACGUCACGCCUGGAUGGCGUGCCAAGCUCCCGGGCGAGCCGUGCUACCACUAUGUGCUCACCAUCCGGGCGCGAGAGGCGCGCGCCGAGCGUGAGGAGAGAAAUUCCAUGGCACGACGGGCGAUACUCAACGCGCGCAACGAUCGCUCGCAGCAGAUUCAGCGGGCGCAAAUCGUGCGGAGUGAUGCAUUAGGGCAGACUGGAAUCUCGUGCUACAGUCUGGUGGUUGCGAUGGCGGUUGUGGCAUUUACGGUCCUCCUUGCACUCCAACUCGACGGGAGUAUCGAUCUGACGUGGAACGUAGUGUUCUCGCCUCUCUACGCCGCACUCGGGGUCCUGUUCAUCACGCUUUGCUGCGGCUACGCACUUCCUGACGUUGACGUCGAUGAGGCUGGCACCAUGUGCUGCUUUGGGCUUGUACUCCUCUUUGUGGCCAUCCCAUUUGUCUUUAUCGCAUGCAAGCUCGAUGGCCUGCUCAACUGGCACUGGGCGGUCGUGCUCAUCCCGACGUACAUUGCAGAGCUCCCGGUAGCGGCCCUUGUGCUCUUGGCCUUUGCCGAGGUGGUGGACGACAUGCUCUACGAGGGCGGAUGGGACUCGUUCUUCAAGUCGGCGUGCGCAUUGUUCUUCAUCCUCACUUUUGGCGUCAUGAUUGCGUCGAACGUGCUUGUCACGCUCUUCAUCGAGGGCCAACUCGCGCCGUCGACAACCAUCUGGGAAGUCUUCUCACCGUUCUUUGUCCAGUCGGGCCUCUGGCUCAUUGGCGGGCUCAUGAUGUGUUGCUACCAGUCGAUCGACGGGUAUUGGGACUUUCCACUGGAGGCUGUCAUGGCGGUGCUCGGCAUUGUGGCGUACGCAACGAUGAUGGUGGUGCUUGUGGCGGCAUACUCUGUGGGCGCGAUCUCAUCGUUCUUCUACGUCCUCAUUCCGAUCUACAUUGUGGCCUGUGCUCCGUUCUCGGCGGUCUGCGUGUUGUGGAUCCGCAGCCUCAAGCGGAUUGUUCCGGCGAGUAUGCGACUGUCUCGGGCGCGCGAGAGCCUCCGGGUCUUUGAUCGUGACAUGGAGCAGGGUCGGACGCCAUGGGGCCACGUUGGAGGCGCAAGCGGGGGCGAGCGUCGUGGGUCGAUAGCCAUGAUUCCGAGCUGGCCGGUGCCGCAACAUCGGGCGUCGUUGAGUGACUUUGGCGCGGCGUCGUCGUCGAUGUCGACGUCGUCGUGGUGA